AUGGAGGUCAAGAAGAUCCUCCAAAAUAAUGUGAAUGCCCAAAGAAAAGAUUGGGUUGGCAAGCUAGAUGAUGCCUUAUGGGAGCAUCAGACUGCUUACAAGACAAUGAUAGAGACUUCUCCUUGUCAAAUAGUGUUUGGAAAAACUUAUCACCAACCAGCUGAGUUGGAACACAAGACGUACUUGGCUAUCAAGAGGCUUAAUUUAGAUGCUGAGUUAGCAAGAAGGAAAAGAAUCACACAACUGCUUGAGCUAGAGGAGUUUAGGCUUUAUGCCUAUGAAAAUGCAAAUUUACAUAAAGAGAACACCAAGAGGUGUUAUGACAAGCAUAUUGUGUCACUCACAUUUGAUCCUGGUCAAUUAGUAUUGUUAUUCAAUUCUAGAUUGAAGUUGUUCCCAAGAACACUUCGGUCUAAGUGGAGUGGUCCAUUUGAGGUAGUAAUGAUGAAUCAACAUGGUGCUUUGAAAAAGCGGAACAAGGAUAAGAGCAAUACUUACCUUGUUAAUGGGAAAUGGGUCAAGCACUGCUUUGUUAAGAAUUUGGAUCGUGAUCUUGAAGUGCUCAAACUGGAUGACGAGUGA